GACACUUUUAAUGCAGAAAUCAGGCCUCAGCAAUCACUCCCGACGUGUGUGGCAGCCCCAUGUGCCAUUUCCUCUUCUGAUGACAGGAUUCUGGGAUGGAUGACUGAUCCGGGUGCAGAUCUUUCAGGCGCGUCCUGCGUCUCAGGUGCCAUGUCCAGUGCAGAGUUUGUUGCAGGAUGGAUUUCAGGGGCAGCCGGGCUGAUUCUAGGGCACCCAGUGGACACUGUGAAGGUGCGGUUGCAGACGCAGGCUGGUUACCGAGGCAUCUUGGACUGUGUGGUCAGGACGUACCGCAACGAAACGAUCCUUGGCUUCUUCAAAGGCAUGAGUUUCCCAUUGCUCAGCGUGGCUAUGGUCAACUCUGUCAUGUUCGGGGCCUACAGCAACGCCCUGCUGUACCUCAGCAACACCCACCAUCGGGACCGUCGCUCCAACCCUCCCAGCUACUCCCACAUCUUCGUAGCCGGCUGCUUCUCAGGAUUGGUGCAAGCUGUGGUUCUGGCCCCUGUGGAUCUUGUCAAAGUCCGGCUGCAGAACCAGACGCACCCUUACAGCCGUGGUGUCCUGCCAAUGGAGGCCCAGCCACUGUACAGGGGCCCGGUACACUGUGCUGCCAGCAUUCUGCGGAAAGAGGGCGUUCCCGGCCUGUUCCGAGGGUUUUUGGCAUUGGUGUGGCGUGACACCCCCACCAUGGCAAUGUACUUCAUGACUUACACAGGGGUCUGCCGAGGGAUGACUGCAGAAGGGCAGGAGCCAGGCCCUGUAACUGUUCUUGUGGCUGGUGGCUUUGCUGGAAGCGUUUCGUGGGCCUUGGCCACCCCGAUGGACGUGGUGAAGGCCCGUUUGCAAAUGGACGGGAUGAAGGGGGCAGAGUAUCAGGGGAUCCUGCACUGCAUCCUCAGCAGUGCCCGGCAGGAGGGUCUGCAGGUUUUCCUGAAGAGCCUUGCCCUGAACAGCCUCCGUGCUUUCCCUGUGAAUGCGGUCACCUUCCUGAGCUAUGAGUGCCUCCUCAAGAUUGCCUGUUGAACUCUGGAACCGCCAUGACUCAGCUCUACUUUCCCUCACCCUGUGGGAAUGGAGUAGCGCUCCCAGCUAGGCUUACGCUCCAGAUCCUGGCAGCCCAGAGCUCUGUUGGGAAGAACGUAAGAGCCCCACUGAAUUAGACCAGUGGUCCAUCUAGUCCAGCAUUUUGCUCCACACAGUUGCCCUGAGGGGCCACCGAACAGGGCACAGAGCCUGAAGGCUUCCCCUGAUGUUGCCUCUGGUAUUCAGAGAUUUGUUUUCUCUGAACAUGGAGGUUCCUGUCACUCACCAUGUCUAGUAGCUGCUGAUGGACCUCUCCUCCGUGAAUCUGUCUGAUCCCCCUGUAAAGCCAUCUGUGAUUGUGGCCAUCACUACAUUCAUUGGCACUGAACUCCACGAUUUACAGUGCAAUCCUAUGCAGAGUUACUCCAGUCUCAUUGAAUUUUUUUGUGGCCCUCAAGCUAUCGGUUGUCAUCAGCUUCAUUGGGUAUCCUUGACUUCCACUCAGGGCUUUUUUUCUUGGAAAAAAGGUGGUGGAACUCAGUGGGUUGCCCUCGGAGAAAAUGGUCACAUGGCCAGAACCUCUUGAAA